AUGGCCGGCCACCGGCGCAGCGAAGUCCUGUACCUGUGUCGCGUGCUAGUCCUGCCCCAGUGUCCAGAGCCGCAGGUGUUCUCCGAGUCGCAGACUCCGAGCCUCCACGUGACGGUGAGUACGUGGGCAUGGCGGCACACUGCUGCCGUCACUUUGCUGCGCCGUCUCGUGUACUUGAGGGAACCAUCAGACAACGGUGUGAAGCCACCAGCUAUGGAAAAACAAGCGGGCCGUGUGAGGAAGGAGGCAGCACCGGCUGUUGAGGAGGCACAACGGCAGCAGCAGUCUCAAGAGGCCAGAGAUCUGCCAGGGCCGUCCCGUGAAGGCAGAGACCCAGCAGCUGGGGACCAGGAAAGCGGCGCGGAGCUGGAGGGGCUGCCUGCUGCAGCUUCUGAGUCUCCAGCGCUGGAGAAGGCUGGCACCAGUGGGCUGGAGCGAGGGAUCUCGCCGGAUUCUUCUCCAGAAGAGCAGGAGGAGCCCCCACGAAAGAAGUCUGCGUCACCGGAGCGCUCCCUGGAGCGGGCAGAGGGCGCGAGCUCCUCCUGCCAGCAGGAGGGGGGCCAACAACCGCUGCCGGAUGAACCUUCUCUGGAAGGGCAGGAGCAGCCCCCACGAAAGAAGUCUGCAUCGCCAGAGUGCUCCCUGGAGCAAGCAGAGGGCACGAGCACCUCCAGCCAGCAGCAGGAGGGGGAGGGCCAACAAACCCUGCCGGAUGGCUCCAAGAAGAGGGCGUUUACCCUGGAGAGCCGCCUACAGGGUGCAGUGAAGAAGCGUCUGCUGCGGCGGCAGCUGUCCACCCCGGAGAGCUCCUCCAGCCCGGCCAGCGAGGGCCAGGAGGGCUCGGACGACGGCAGCUCGCGAGACCUGUCGCUGCACGAGGAGUCCUCGGGAGACACGCGCGACGUCAGGGGGCGCUUAAAGCAGCUCAAGAUCGCUGCGCCCAAGCCGCAGACGUCGCAAGGGCCGCCGCAGACGUCGGCGCCACCGUCCCCGCAGACAUCGCCCGCACAGCCGCAGCCUCUGACGUCGGCGCCGCCGUCACCACCGACGUCGCCCGCACAGCCGCAGCAGCCGACGUCGCCCGCGCAGCCGACGUCGCCGCCGUCGCCAACAGUCAGCGACGCGAUGCGCGAGAUGUUCUCCCCCGGCACCAGUGACGAGAUCUGGUCAGCCAGGAACACUGCAGAAGCAUACGCACUGGAGUUCUUAGACGGUCAGAUCGUUGGCACAGUUUGA